AAUGCCGCUCACUUGGCUGGUGCUUCUGGGCAUCAGCUUCAUUUGGCAUAUGACGGAGUCCCAGUUGGUAUAUAAACUGAACAAGGUCGAGUGCCUAGUAAAUGAGGCGCGGGUGAAAAAUGUUUCCUGCAAUGUGAAGGCGGUUAACUGGAAUAUGGCAUUGGUGAAUAUGGAAUGCUACCUAAUUUUUCCUAUAAUAAACCCGACAAUUCGAGUUCAAGUGUUUAUGAAGGACUAUAGCAACCAGUUUAAGCCUUUCUUGAUUGACGCGACUUUCAAAUUGUGCGAAGUGGUCGAAAGGAAGAAUUUUUUGCCAUAUGGCGUUAUGAUUUGGGAACAUUUUCAGCGCUUCACGAAUGCUAAAAGCUGUCACUUUCCGCGGGGUCAGCUAAGUGCAAGAAACGGGUAUCUGAACACCAGUUACGUUCCGCCGUUUCCCCACGGACAGUAUCAAAUCAGCGUAAUGUUCAGUGAUUCCAAUUCUACGAAUACGGAAUAUGUGGGCAUCGCAAAGUUCUUUGUUCAAUCGAUGGAACACAUAAAAAGCAAAAAGCGACCUCGAGCUAACUAG